GUGCGUUUCCAGGCUGACGCUGUUACCUAGAGCAGAGCGAGCUGGACGCGCCACCCGCGGGGCUGGCAGCUGCUUUCAUUUACUAGGAGACACUGUUUCCCCGCGGGAGAGUCCGGGAGCGCGCAGACACACACACGCUCACUGCCACACACGCUCGCACACACGUUCACGGACACACACAUACACACGCGCACACACGCGCUAGCGCGCUCGUUCUUCACAGCUGCAUCCCCAAACCGGCAGAACGAAGCUACUGCGGUUUCUCUUAACCUCGGCAUCGUCGGGCGAAGCAGGGCCAUUGUGCAUCAGGGAAAGCCCGGUGCCUGCGCUGCCGCCUCGGGUACGUAACCCCGGAGACCGUUCACCCCCUCGGCGGGAAUGCUUGCCGACUCCUCUGCAAACUUCUAAGGCUGAGACCCUGAGGAACCCAGCUGGAGAAUGCCGUCUGAACGCUUCCUCAGUAUUCAAGAAAUGCUGACAGGCCAGAGGCUCUGCCACUCAGAAUCUCACACUGAUAGCGUCCUGGCAGCACUGAAUCAGCAGAGGAGUGACGGCAUCCUCUGCGACGUCACCCUGAUUGCUGAGGAACAGAAAUUCCACGCUCACAAGGCAGUCCUAGCAGCCUGCAGCGACUAUUUCCGGGCCAUGUUCAGUCUUUGUAUGGUGGAAAGUGGUGCUGACGAGGUGAAUUUACACGGUGUGACCAGCCUCGGCUUAAAGCAAGCUCUGGAAUUUGCAUACACAGGACAGAUUUUGUUGGAGCCAGGCGUGAUCCAGGAUGUGUUAGCAGCUGGCAGUCACCUACAGCUUUUGGAGCUUCUCAAUUUAUGUUCCCACUAUCUCAUCCAGGAAUUAAAUAGCUUUAAUUACUUGGAUCUGUACAGACUUGCUGACCUCUUUAACCUCACUUUGUUGGAGAAGGCAGUGAUCGAUUUCUUAGUGAAACAUCUCUCUGAGCUCCUGAAGAGUCGCCCUGAAGACAUUCUAACGCUCCCUUAUUGUCUGCUUCAGGAGGUCCUGAAGAGCGACCGCCUGACCUCCUUGAGUGAAGAGCAGAUCUGGCAGCUAGCUGUGAGGUGGUUGGAACACAGCUGCCAUUACCAGUACAUGGAUGAGCUCCUGCAGUACAUCCGCUUUGGCCUGAUGGAUGUGGACACUCUCCAUACAGUUGCCCUGUCCCACCCCCUCGUCCAGGCAAGUGAAACCGCAACAGCACUUGUCAACGAGGCCCUGGAGUACCACCAGAGCAUCUACGCACAGCCCGUGUGGCAGACUCGCAGGACCAAACCGCGCUUCCAGUCAGAUACUCUGUACAUCAUUGGUGGGAAGAAGCGUGAGGUCUGUAAAGUCAAGGAGCUUCGGUACUUCAAUCCCGUGGAUCAGGAGAACGCCCUCAUAGCUGCCAUUGCCAACUGGAGCGAGCUGGCCCCCAUGCCCGUGGGAAGGAGCCACCACUGCGUGGCGGUCAUGGGGGACUUCCUGUUCGUAGCAGGAGGGGAAGUCGAGCAUGCCAGCGGCCGGACGUGUGCCGUGAGGACUGCCUGUCGCUAUGACCCCCGCACUAAUUCCUGGGCGGAGAUAGCACCCAUGAAAAACUGCCGGGAGCAUUUCGUUCUGGGAGCCAUGGAUGAGUACCUCUAUGCGGCUGGGGGCAGAAAUGAACUGCGCCAGGUUCUGCCGACCGUUGAGCGAUAUUGCCCCAAGAAGAACAAGUGGACUUUCGUCCAGUCCUUUGACCGGUCCCUCUCCUGUCACGCUGGCUAUGUGGCUGAUGGUCUUCUUUGGAUAUCAGGUGGAGUAACUAACACGGCACAAUAUCAGAACAGACUAAUGGUAUAUGAACCUAACCAGAAUAAGUGGAUGAGCCGCAGCCCCAUGCUGCAGAGGCGGGUCUACCAUUCCAUGGCUGCUGUUCAAAGGAAGCUUUAUGUUCUUGGAGGCAAUGACCUGGACUACAAUAACGACCGGGUCCUUGUGCGGCAUAUAGAUGCCUACAACAUGGACGCUGACCAGUGGACGCGCUGUAAUUUUAACCUGUUGACUGGCCAAAAUGAAUCUGGAGUUGCCGUCCAUAAUGAGAGAAUAUAUUUAGUAGGUGGAUAUUCGAUUUGGACGAACGAGCCUCUGGCUUGCAUCCAGGUAUUGGAUGUGAGUAGAGAAGGCAAAGAAGAAGUAUUCUACGGGCCUACACUUCCUUUUGCUUCCAAUGGAAUAGCAGCAUGCUUCCUCCCAGCUCCGUAUUUCACAUGCCCUAACCUUCAAACUCUUCAAGUGCCUCAUCACAGGAUUGGCACCGUCUGAAAAGCCAGUGCUGUCUUAACAACCAUCAUGAACACGAGGAAGAAAAAGGCCUGACUUUUGGAUACUGGGCAUGAAAAUACUCAGUGCUCAAUGCUUCCUUGUUUUGUUUUCUAGAUCUUCUAUUCAGAAAACAUUAGCAAAAAAUGAACAGUUUUCUAAAAUACACAUUAUUGAAAACGCUUGUCACGCUUCUCAGUGUGUGUCAAUAUACAGUACAAUAUGUAUGACUUUUAUGGUGGUGUAGCUUAGUGCUAACUUAAUGGUCCAUGGAUGUUUUAAGCAUUCUUUGUACACUUUGUCUAAACAGUGCUGUCCAGGACAUUACCCUCUUAGUAAGGCAGUUUAUUUCACAAGUACUGCCAUCAAUGAUCUUAAAAAAAAAAUUGUCAGUACUUAAUCUCUUUACUACUUAAGCCUGGGAUUGUAAUAUUUCUUUUAAAAAUUUAACAUUAUACAGCCCUGCUGUAUAAGUAGAGACCCAUCAUUAUGACAUCAUAAAUUUUUAAAUGCCAUAUUUUAUUCAAGGUAAUACAAAUAAUAGAAGUACACCGGAACAGCAGAUGGAAUACCCAGAUUUUUCACCUUGGUUGCUCUGUUGCCUUGGGCCGGGAGCUUAACUUUACAUUGCUUCAGUUUUCUCACUUUUUAAGGGGGGCAAUUAUUGAUUUCCAUAUUAAUUCAGAAGAAUGUUGUAAGGAUUAGGCAAAUGCUCUGAAGUACUUUGCCUAAGAAAAAAAAUGUCACUCAAAUUACAAGGUAUUUUACUGUUUUAGAACCUUGAAACUGAAAAAGAUUAUUUUUGAAGUUUAAAAAUUACUAGAUAGAACUUGGAACACAAGCUAUGAGAUAAAUGGUUCUGAAAAGCAUGUGAAAGAGACAUGCUAAUUAUGAAAAAGGGAGUUUACUAAAGCCAAAGAUUCCUAAACUUGUACAAACACUUGCCUCAAAUAAUAAGUCUCUCAAACAUUUCAUCUAAGCUCAUUUAGUGAAAAAUGACAUUUUAAAGCUCAAAAAAAAUUAGUUGUACUAAUUUCGGUACCAUAAAGUGCUCUGACAUAAAUUUGAACCUAGUAUCAGUAGUUCUAAUAAAAGUUUUUCCACUUUGUUAAAGGUUAUGUCAAUCUUGAGCGCUUGUGGGAUUCUUCUCUACCACCAAUACAUAUUUUAUUACUACCAUUUUUAAUAAUGCAUGAGAAUUUUUUUAGGCUAGGUUUUUGGAUUUGCUUUGUCUAUAACAAAAAAUAAAAAAUAAAACAACUCAAUAAUUGUAUUUGAACAUAAAUUCAACAAGUAUAACAUGAGUUUUUCCCCUUAAUCUUGUUAGGAUAAGUCACCUUUAUUAAAAGGAAGAUUUUACUUUUUUUCCUUAGUUUAAUCAUUCAGCAAGCCUUGUCUUAAUGGGAAAUUGUCAUUUUAUUCAUGUAACCACUUUUAGUAAUCAGAAGUGAAUAAAAAAAUAUUUUUUAUCCUAAAUAUAGAAUUCACUAACUUUAUAUAAGAUACCUAAAACAUUAAUUAAAAAAAAAUAUAUAUAUAUAAAUAAAACUUUUGGCUAUUUAGAUUAAAGGCCGGAGGGGGGAGACUAGGAGUAAGAAAAAAAAUGGUAAAUUUUUAAAAGAAUAGAUUUUGUUUACACAAACAAAAAGCCUUAAGAGUAUUUGUACAGUUCUGAAAAGUGAAAAUUGAUAUUGAUAAUUGAGAUUUAGAAGGAAAACAGAGAGUUUCUUUAAAAGGUAUAAACCAUCUAAAUUACAUUUUUAAAAUGCCUUACCAUGUCAGGAAAAUGGACUCCAGCGUUUCAGAAAUCUUUUCAACAAGGACCUAAACAAGAAUUAUUUCAGAUUUACUAAAAUUUCUACUUGACACACAGAUUUUCCAUCCAGCAGUUUUACCUUAUAAAACAAUCUAUUUUUAAUCACAGACUCUCUACCCAAUUAAUGAAAGGGAAGUUCUAAAAGUGAACUUGCUUGAAUGACAAAUGGAAAGGCAGCCUGAGAUUAUUCUAAUUUCUGUGCAGACUUCUAACUAUUCAUUUAAAACAAACCAGUAUAUAUUAUCAAACCUCUCCUCAGUGAACUUUAAUGUAUUAUUCAGUAAUAUUACAGAAUUGAAGUCAGAAUUUUUAAAAGUUUUACAUAGUUUUCAGAAACACUUAUAAUUAUAGACAAAGAACAGCAUCCAAAGUA